UGUUGUGUAUGUUGUAAUAUUACUACAUUUCCUGUCUCUGUAAUAAGCUGUCUUACCACAUCCUCAAAACGAUUUCAACUGUGUUUGUUCAACUGUGUUCAACUGUGUUGAUUGACUAUGUUGAAUGACUGUGUUGUUUGUGUAUUUGACUCUCUCUUGCUGUGUGUUUCUGACUCUGUCAGGAACUUCUUCUGUGGCCGCUGGUCAUGUGACGUGCGUCUGGACGGUCAGACUGUCAUCAUCACAGGAGCUAACACUGGAAUCGGCAAAGAGACAGCCAGGGACCUGGCCAAGAGAGGUGCUCGCAUCAUCAUGGCGUGUAGAGACAUGGAGAAGGCGGAGGGUGCCAGGAAAGAGAUCUCAGAAGAUUGUGGAAAUGAAAACAUUGUCGUUCACAAACUGGAUCUGUCUGACAUCAAGUCUAUCAGAGAGUUCGCUGAGCUGGUUAAUAAGGAGGAGAAGCAAGUCAAUAUCCUGAUCAACAACGCUGGCAUCAUGAUGUGUCCCUACUCUAAGACCAAGGACGGCUUCGAGAUGCAGUUUGGAGUCAACCACCUGGGUCACUUCCUGUUGACCUACCUGUUGGUGGACCUGAUCAAGCGCUCGGCGCCAGCCCGCAUCGUUAACGUGUCGUCAGUGGCUCACACCUGGACCAGCAUGAGACUGGAUGACAUCAACAGUGAGAAGAGCUACGACCAGGUCAAGGCCUAUGGACAGAGCAAACUGGCCAAUGUCCUCUGCACACGUUCACUGGCCAAACGACUGCAGGGCACCGGUGUGAGUGUGUUCUCCCUCCACCCGGGCGUGGUCCAGUCAGAACUAUGGAGACACCUGAACAGUCGUGUCCAGGUAGCGGUCAAGGUGUUCCGGCCGUUCACUAAGUCCUCAGUCGAGGGAGCUCAGACCUCCAUAUACUGUGCUGUGGAGCCAGGACUGGAGAAGGAGAGUGGAGGAUACUACAGCGACUGUGCGCCUGCAAGGUGCUCCAGAACAGCUUCUGAUGACGACUUGGCCCAGAAACUGUGGGAACUGAGCUGCAAGAUGCUGGCCAUCACCUGGGAGUGAACACAAGAUACUAGGUUGCAUCUCAAAGGCCCCCUAGUCCUCAUGUAGUGCACUGAAUACAUUGUGGAUAUAGUGCACGACGGGGCUUUGGCCAGAUUUUUUUACAGUUAUUAUAUUCUCACUAUGUAGAUUGCAAUAUGUAAAGAGCAUUACUACUACAGUUGAAGUCAGAAGUUUACAUACACUUAGGUUGGAGUCAUUAAAACUCAUUUUUAAACCACUCCAAAAAUGUCUUGUUAACAAACUAUAGUUUUGGCAAGUCGGUUAGGACAUCUACUUUGUGCAUGACACAAGUAAUUUUUCCAGCAGUUGUUUACAGACAGAUUAUUUCACUGUAUCACAAUUCCAGUGGGUCAGAAGUUU